GGAGGGGAGGGCACGGAGAAGGUUCGGGGUGCGCAGGAGUCGGGUCCCGGACUGGGCCGGUCGGGCCGCUCUGAGGUUUCGGAUUGCGGGUGCUGCGGCUUCCCAUCGAGCUAGCCGACAACCAUGGAGGAAGCUGGGGACCCCGGUGGCCUGCUGAAGGUGAUCCACCUGCUGGCACUGUCCGGCGUCUGGGGCAUGCAGAUGUGGGUCACCUUCGCCUCGGGCUUCCUGCUCUUCCGAGCCCUCCCCCGGCACACGUUCGGCCAGGUGCAGAGCAAACUCUUCCCCUACUACUUUCACAUCUCCGUGGGCUGUGCAUUCCUCAACCUCUGCGUGGUUGCUCCCCUGCGAGCCUGGGAGCAGCUCACCUUCUGGGAGACCAGCAAGCUGUGUCUGCUGCUGCUCAGCCUGUUCCUGGCUGCCACCAACGCGCUGUGGCUGGAGCCCCGCACCACGGCCGCCAUGCGGGUCAUGCAUGCGGUGGAGAAGGAGCGUGGCCUGGGCGGGGAGGUGGCGGGCAGCCUGCAGGGCCCCGACCUCUACCGCCAGCUGCGGGACAAGGACCCCAAGUACAAAGCUGUGCGUCAGAAUUUCUUCCGCUAUCACGGAAUGUCGUCCCUGUGUAACCUGGGCUGUCUCGUGAGCAACGGGCUGUGCCUCGUGGGGCUGGCCCUCGGUCUGCGCAGCAUCUAGCCCUGCGUGUCAAUAAAUGCCAUGUUGGAAAUGA